AUGGGAUGCACCCUAGAGUGCAGAAGGAAAAUAAUAAAUACUAAAGUUUUUUGCAUGAUGCUCCUGAGAUGCAGUUGACAUUAAACUGAAAUACCAAUUCUUUUAGCCAAUGGUAUUUAGAUUUCCUAGUGUAAAUGGCCAAGAAUGAGUGACAUUAUUUGGAAAAUACUCACCUAAGCAGAGUCUACGUGUCUAUAUGGAGUAAUUCAUGUUGAUCAUCUUAUUGUGAUACAAUAGUCGAUUUUAUACUGUUACUGACAUACUGGUGCUAACAGCCACAACAAAAUAUUUAUGUUAGGAUGUGACAAGUUUGUGCAGAUAUCAAUAUAAUCUACUUACUACAUUAUAGCUACAAAAACGUAUUGUAUUAAAAUAACUUCAAGAAGAAGAAAACUACUUCAUACACUCCACGCACCAACUUCCAAUGUUUAUAUCUUUUAUGGUAUUUGUUACCAUAUUCAAGAAUUUUUUUGACUUUUGUCCCCCUUUAAGACUUCUUCUUUAAGAAAUUCUUAAUGACAAUAAUACCAAUGUAACCUUAUCAACAAAAGCUAUAAGACAAAUUCAGAGAGUCUCUUAAUUGUGAUUUUUAUUAAAAACAGAUUUUGAACCAGCAAUGAAGGAAAUGAUUUACCUGAGGAGCUGUACCUUUAAUUUAUUUCAUAGAUAUAGCAGGUAUUUUUGGAUACCUCAACCAAUACCUUAAACAUUGCAUACACAUAACAAAACAAAAAUGCCAUGGUUGGGAAAUCUCUUUAGUGGUACAGGCAGUACGUCUGGCAAUGACUUUGUUGGUCAAUAUGUUGAGCUUGGUCAGCAACAGUUAAAAAUAAAGAAAGUUAUUGCUGAAGGCGGUUAUGGAUUUGUGUUUAUUGCUCAAGACUUGUCAUCUGGUAAAGAAUAUGCGUUGAAAAGACUAAUGGCGCCUGACGAAGCUACUAGCAAACAGAUUGUUAAAGAAAUCUCCUUCUUUCGUAAAUUGAGAGGCCAUCCUAACAUUGUCCAGUAUGUUGCUGCAGCAAACGGUAACACAAAACAAGCUAAUGGUAUGAAUGAAUACUUGAUACUGACAGAGUUAUGUACAGGUCAACUUAUUGAUGUGCUGAGACGACAGGGACAACAACCUCUUCAGUUUCAACAAGUGCUGAAAAUAUUCUCGCAAGUUUGCCGAGCCGUUGCCCACAUGCAUAAGCAGGAUCCACCAAUUAUUCAUCGAGAUUUAAAAAUUGAAAAUUUGUUGUUAAAUUCAAAAGGCAUCAUAAAAUUAUGUGAUUUUGGAAGUGCAACAACAACAUCUCUUUACCCAGAUGACUCUUGGACAGCCUUACAAAGAAGUAUGGCGGAAGAUGAGAUUCAACGCAAUACAACACCAAUGUAUAGAGCACCAGAAAUGAUUGAUUUGUAUAGCAAUAAGCCUGUUGACACUAAAGCUGAUGUUUGGGCGUUAGGCUGUAUACUGUACAUGCUUUGCUUCCUUGUACAUCCUUUUGAUGAUUCUGCAAAAUUAAAGAUUAUGAACGCAAAUUAUACAAUACCUGAAACAGACAAGACAUUUACAGAACUUCAUCAACUGAUCAAUUUAAUGCUCAAUACUAAUCCUCAAGCUCGCCCUAACACUGAAGACGUACAUGCAGAAUUAAUUGCUUUAGCAGCUGAUAAAAAUAUUGACCUGAAAACGUCUGCAGUUGAAGCAACCAUUAUACCAAGUUCAGAUCAAGAUCAAAAUACCAGUACUCCCUCUGGCAGUUCUGUUCUACUCGGUAAUGUUGUCAAUAGAGCAGGUGCAUUGUUUACAAAUAUCAAAGAUGUCUCAUCGAAAAUGAUGAAUUCUGUAGCUGGGUAUGUGAACAAGGACUUAGAUGUUACUUAUGUGACGUCAAGAUUGCUGGUGAUGUCCUUUCCAGCAGAUGGUAUUGAGGGAACAUACAAGAAUAAUAUUGAUGAUGUUCGGAUGUACUUAGACUCUAAACACACUGAUAGCUAUGUUGUCAUCAACAUCUCACAAAGAACAUAUCGUACAAAUAAAUUAAAUGACAGAGUUUAUGAGUCAGGAUGGAAUUCAAAAAAAGCGCCCUCUCUAGAUCGACUGGUUUCAUUAUGUCGAAAAUUAAAUAAUUUUUUGAAGCAAAACAAGAAAAAUGUUGUUGUGGUGCAUUGCUUGGAUGGACGCGUUGCUUCAUCUGUGUUACUUUCAUCCUUCUUUUUGUUUUGUAAAUUAUUCACGAAAGCCUCCAUGGCUGAAGAUCUGUUUAACUUGAGGAGGUCAAAUGUUGCGUCACCAAUUGAGUUGACUGCCUCUCAACGAAGGUAUAUGGGUUACAUCGGUCAGCUUGUUUCCACUGCAAGAUACGUCCCUCACAAGAACACUGUGUUUUUGAAGAGCUUAACCCUAUCUCCUGUACCAAUUUUUAAUAAAGCCAGGACUGGGUGUCGGCCGUUCAUUGAGAUAUAUGAGAACGAUAAAAGGGUGUUGAGUACUGCACAAGAAAUUGAUCAAAUGAGAGAGUAUAGUUUACACGACGAAAAAAUUGUCUUCCAAACACACGUGCGACUGAAUGGUGACAUCUCUAUAAUUGUUUAUCAUGGCCGGUCUACACUGGGCGGAAAAGUUCAGGGCAAACUUACAUCUAUCACCAUUUUAUCACUUCAAUUUCACACUGGAUUUUUAGACAAAACACAAACAUCGUUGUUUUUUCCCAAAUCCGCUGUUGACAUUCACGAAACCGCUGACAAAUACCCUCCUAACUUUGGGCUCAAUUUAAACAUGAAGUUCACGGAGGAGACAUCAGAUAGUGGUCAUACAGCUCCCUGGGAGAAGAUGCAUGUUGAGAAACUCUCACCCUAUGUUUGUUUUUCUUCAAAAGAAGAGUACUGGAAGUUACAUGAAGAAUUUGGAUUGAGUGAGGAGAAAACUCCACUUUGUCAGAAGUCGUCCAUAUCAAGCAUGUCUGACAGCGACGCAGGAACACCCUCCUACACAGAGAAGGAUAAAACAGUAGCUCAUUCUACUUUCUUCAAUGAGCUAGCCUGGCACAGCGAGAACGGAGAAGGUAAAAUGGCGAACGGACAGACAAAAUAUGAUACGGAUUCAAAAGCAACGCUAUUGUCGCUUUCUUCCAACGCAGAAGUAUCAAAUAACCUUAUUGACAUAAGUUCUGGUCCUCGUAAUUUAAAUGCUGAAGAAGAUGUUGGGACAACGAGUAGUCCUUCUCCGCCUCCGAACACCGUCACCCCUCCUCUUAGCGAUAGUGACAUACCACAAAUCAAUUUGGUUGACCCAUUUGCCUCGUUAGCAACUAGCAGAUCUUCUAAAUCGCCGGAUGAAGCGCCAAGUACCGAUAUUUUGUUAAAUUUCGAUUCGCAGGAGGAUAAUACUGCAUCGGAAAGUACUAGCAUUAAUUUUGCGGCACCUGAGAGCAAUUCUGCAUCACAUUUUAAUGAUUUGUUUGAAACCGCAUCUCAUACCAGUAAACAUGAUGAUGCGCUAAAGAGAAACAAAAGUUUAGACGAUAUUACCAACGACGAGCUGUUUACGUCUGCGGAGAACAAUAUAUUUAGUAAUCAUAAGCCAAAACAACCUUUCGAUCCUUUCAUGAAACACUUCCACGACAGUCCGCGAAAAAGCUCGAGUGAAUCGAACUUAAUGAACGAUUUAGGAGAUCAUGAUCUUAACACAGCUACUUUGAAACCUGAACGACCUAUCCACCAUUCCGCUAGCUCAAACUGCGUCCAGGAAAGCAAAAAGCCUAAAGAUCCUUUCGCGGAGUUUGCCGAUUUGCAGUUUGGCACAUCAAGCUCUUCAAACGUGCGCACGCAUAAUGCUGCGCCUGGUAUGAAUCAACGAGCUACUGCCUCGCCUACUCCAAGCAACCAACCACAGCAGCAACAAAAACCGCAAUUUACGCCGAAUUACAAUGUGUUUAUAACGCCCACCGAAGCAGGCGUAUUCAACAAAACUUCAGCAGUAAAACCACAGGGUGGAUGGGUGCCUAAACCCAUGAGUAACAAUGAUUUUGGUGAUAUUUUAAACUCGCAAGGUUUUAAAGCAACUUCGAGCAAUCAGAAGCAAACGCUGAAGCAAAUGCGAGCUACUGACGAUGACAAGAACGACUUGGAUCCAAUCAAACGGAAGAUCAGAGACUGGUCGGACGGAAAAGAACGUAAUAUUCGUGCGUUGCUUACAUCGUUAGAAACGGUCUUGUGGGAGAAAGAACAAAAAUGGCAGAAAGUCAGUAUGCAUCAAUUGGUUGACGCUACCCAGGUGAAGAAAUUCUAUCGUAAAGCCUGCUUAACCGUGCACCCGGAUAAGCACACCGGUGAAGACCACGAAGAUUUAGCAAGAGCUAUUUUUAUCGAGCUAAACGAGGCAUGGACUUUAUUCGAACAAUCUGGAUCGCUUUCUUUAUUUUAGCACUGCGCAUGCGCUUAAUAGAAUUAGUCUUUUAAUUUCAUCUCCGUAGGAUGUAUAUUUUACUCUUUAAAUAGAUUAUUUUUUUUCGAACUUUUUUUUAUAACGAUAAUUUUAAUUUCAUUUUGGAUUCUUGUUUGGUUUUCAACUUUAAAAGGACUGCCAAAUGAUGCGUGCUCUCCUUUGUACUCUCUCCACCUUUGCAUAUUUGGGGCAAGGAAUGAUGUAAAACUAAAUUUGUACGGAUAAUUAGUGGUAUGCCUAAUAUUUUCCCAUCUUUUGUGGUGUAUUUUUAAAUAUUUGUGUCGCUGUUACUUCGUAAUCAUUUUUAAUGGUGUAGCCUCAAUUUCGCGCGAGACACUAAACAAACAUAUUUUAUACUGUCCUUUAAAAAGUUAAAUUAGCUGGUCUCCCGAAGUGAGGAAUUACUUUUACCAGUUUUAGCAAAAAAAAUUCAGUGAAUUAGUCUAACUAAAAGGUAGAAUAUCUGCUUGUUGAGUGUAUAGUUUUUACACGCCCUUGAAAUCGUUAUUAGGACUUCUCGUGAUUUCCCAAGUUUCUGUUAUGUACCGAUUGAUAUAUGUGCAAACAGCUGUCUUAUACACUCACGCACUACCUUUAGCAGAGCUCUUUGAAUCAAUAUUUUGUUUGCUAUGUUUUUAGGGCCGCCACUUACAGGGAGGUUCAGAUCAAGUUACAGUUUUGUAUAUCCUUGCACAAAAUUAUUAAAAUUAUUUUGCUUGAUUUUUUUUUUCAAUAGUUCUUUUAGAAAUGAUCUAUUCUUGUUUUAGUUGAAUAUUUUUUAAAAGAUUUUUUCUUUUUAUUCUGCUUUCACAAUAAAUUUAUUUAUUAAUUUAUAUAGACAUUACCCCCGUCUAGUUUUCACGUCGCCACGUUAUUUGUGUAUAUACUUAACGACCAAAUUUUCGAUUGACAUAAAUUUCAGAAGCGCGUCUUGUAACUUGGAACAUGAUUUUAACAAUCAUUAAAUGUACGAAAUAAAGUCUCGCCUCAUA